AUGCGGCUUCGAUAUGCACUCCUUUUAACGGGCAUUCUCACUUCGCCAGCAUUGUCUCGUCCUUCAGCUAGCUUCCAAGAAAGGUGUGCAAAUCUCGCCGAUAAAAUUCAGCUGGACUACACAUUUGAAGUCAACCUUGCAGAGUACCUAGCGCCAAAUACUACGAUCGAUCUCACCGCCGAAAGCCUGAACGCGACCUGCUACGACUCCAUUGGAAAUACAACAGCUCCCGUUCCGGUCGGAGUAUGCAGGUUGAAUCUUAGAGUCGCAACCUCGGAAAGCAGUGAGGUCUACACAGAAGUUUGGCUUCCGGAAAACUGGGAAGGACGGACUCUGACGACAGGCAACGGCGGCUUAGCAGGCUGUAUCCAAUACUCUGAACUCACAUAUGGCGCCUCUUACGGCUUCGCCUCCUUUGGAACCAAUAACGGACACAACGGGACAUCCGGUGGAGCCUUCUUCCACCAGCCGGAGGUCUAUGAAGACUACGCUUGGCGCUCUAUCUACACCGGUGCAGUGGUUGGGAAGUCUAUUGCCGAGCAAUUCUACGGCGAUGUGUGUGGCAAGAGCUAUUAUCUUGGAUGUUCGACUGGCGGGCGGCAGGGUUGGAAGGCAGUGCAGAAGAACCCCGAAUUGUUCGACGGCGUGGUUGCAGGUGCGCCAGCCAUGGAUAUUUGGGCGCACGUAGGAUUCUUUGGAUAUGCUCUUCAGACUCUCGGCUUCAACACAAGCUCCGUGACUUUAGCUCAAUGGGCUGCUGUUCGAGAGGAGGUAUUGAAUCAAUGCGAUGGGUUGGACGGCGCGCACGAUGGCAUCUUGGAAGACCCUGCUGCUUGCGAUCUCGACUGGAAGCCACUCCUUUGCUCUUCGACUACAAACAACACUUGCCUUACAGCGGAUCAAAUCGAAGCUGCGACGAAGCUGUUCGGUCCCAUCUCCUACAACGGAACCCUCAUUCACCCUGGCCACGGUCACGGAUAUGAGCCGGAGUUGAUCGCUUAUGAAUACAGCCCACUUGUUCUCACGUGGAUUCCUGAAGUUUUUCGUUACGUUGUGUACGAAGAUAUCUCAUGGGACCCGAUGACCUUCACGCUCCAGGACGUCUUGUACGCUUUACAGCAAGAUGCUAAUGGCGUCCACCUAAACACCUUCGAUAGCGACAUUUCCGCCUUUCGCGAUCGGGGAGGCAAGAUACUCCAUUGGCACGGGACUGCUGACCAAUUGCUCGUGAGCAGAACAUCAGACUUAUACUACAACAAAGUGCGCUCUACAUUGAACGCCAGUGUCGCUGACCUCGACGAGUUCUAUCGUUAUUUCCGGGCAAGCGGCGUCGGACACUGCUAUGGUGGCCCUGGAGCGAACUUUAUGGGACAACUGGGAGGACAGGUCACUGCUGAUACGCCAGACGACAGUAUGCUACGACGAAUCGUUCAGUGGGUAGAGGAGGGGGAUGCACCUGAGUCUGUGAGGGGCACAAAGUUCAUCAACGAUACGGUCGCACUUGGUGUUGAGUUUACGCGAAAGCACUGCAAGUACCCGAAGGUGAACAAAUAUACCGGCUCUCGUGAGGGAUUGGAUGAAGAGGGAUGGGAGUGUGUCGAGCCUUAA